GCCGAGAGAAGAGCGCCACGUCAGAAGCACUUUCUAUCCUCCCUAAGUAUCUCCCUGCGGUGUGUGCGAGUGUGACUGAAGGGGACGAACCAGGGCCAGUGGAGGAGGGGAAAAGGGGAGGUGAUUCGGUUGUGGGGCUUGACGGGAGUGCUGCGGCCAAGCGGCAGAGAGUAGAGAAGGGAGAGGAGUUAGAGGAGAGAGGAGAGGAGGGGGGAGAGGAUGGGAAAGAGGAGGGGGAAGAGAAGAGGAUAGAGGAGGGGGAGGAGGGGAAAGGGGAGGGGGGAACGAGGGAGAGAGGUAAUCCAGAGGGGAGCAGAGUGGGAGAGGAGGAGGAUGGUGCAAAGGAGAAGGAGGAUAAGGCACCAUGUCAGGCAGAGGAAGAGGACUGCGAAAAGAAAGUCACUAAGGCAGGGGAGGAUAAGGCAGUGAAGGUUAGCAAGGCAGAGCAGGAUGCGAGUGCAGCGGAAGAUGCUCUUAAAGCCGGGCUAGGGGCGAUCAAGCUGGGUAGCAUGGGGAUAACUUUUCUGGCGCUGCCCGAGAAGGAAAAAUGUGUGCCGGGCAACGAGGUGCCGUGCCCUGUGGAUGUUGUCGGGCAGAUUCUGAAGGACAUCAACGAGAAGAAGAGGAGCGGCCUCAAGUGGUGCCAGCGCAUCUGCCCUGUGCAGGCCACGUGCCCAACCACGAAGCGCCACCUGUCAGCCACCGUGCAGCGACUGCUGGCCAAUCACUUCGCAGCAGACUCACCAGCAGCACCAGCAGGAGCGUCACCACCACCACCGGCAGCAGCAGCAGCAGCAGCAACAACAGCAGCAACAACAGCAGCAGCAGGCGAAGCAGAAGUGGGAGUGGAGGACCCACGCUUGAAUGGUUCUGAGGCAGAAGCAGAACCCCUAGAAGCAGCAGAACCCCCAGCAGCAGCACAGCAGCUUCUACCUCCUGUGCAGUUCGCAGUGGCUUUCAAGAAACGAGGAGCAGAGGAUUCAGGCGCUGCAGCCAAAGAAACUGCCAAGAAAGAAAAGGAUAAGGCAGAGAGACAGAGAGAGGGAAAUGAGGGAGAGGAGGAGGAGGAGAGGGGGGAAGGGGAGGAGGAUGUUGAGUUGAGUCGUGAUGUUGUUAUCAGGACAGUGGCUGAUGCGGUGAAGGAAGCUUCUGGGGAGCGAGGUGCUGCGGCUAACUUGACUAACCCAGAGCUUGACUCGUGUGGCGAUCUGAGGAUCAAGGUGGCCGCUACAGGACAAGACCUGCUAUCCGGCCGGCUGGCCGGCGUGUCGGUGUCGGCCCGGGCGGCAGAGUACAAGGGUUUGUCCGUUUCUGACGUGGAUAUGGCUGCUUCUUCUGUCCGCUUUGGCAAAAAUUGGGGACUCACUCCCAGCUGCUUCCUCCCUUCCCUUCCCCUCGUCCCUCAUGCCCUCCCUCAUGCCCUCCCUCAUGCCCUCCCUCAUGCCCUCCCUCAUGCCCUCCCUCAUGCCCUCCCUCAUGCCCUCCCUCAUGCCCUCCCUUCCCUCCCGUCCCUCCCUUCCCUCCCGUCCCUCCCGUCCCUCCCUUCCCUCCCUUCCCCCCCGUCCCUCUCUUCCCCUCCCUUCCCUCCCUUCCCUCCCUUCCCUCCCUUCCCCCCCUUCCCUCCCUUCCCCCACCCUUCCCCCUCCCUCCCCUCCCUUCCCCCUCCCUUCCCUCCCUUCCCUCCCUUCCCUCCCUGCCCUCCCUGCACUCCCUUCCCCUCCCCUCCUCUCCCCUCCCCUCCCCUCUCCUACUCUCUCCCCCCUCCCCUCCAUUCUCCCAUAAACUCCCCUAACCUCCAAUUCCCUACCCUCCCCUCUCAUUGCCUCCCUGCUCCUGCCCUAUACUACUCCACUCCCCUUCCCUCCUCUCCCUCCCCAUCCUCACUCCGCAUACCGCCUCCCUUCCGAACCCUUUCUCUCCUCCCCUCAUGUCAGUUUCAGAUAUUCUCCGUUGUGCGCUUCUUGUGUGCUUUUCAUUGUGCGCCCCGAUACCGCCUCCCUUCCUUACCCUUUCCUUCCUCCCCUCCAUUGUGCGCUUUUCUCUCCUCACCUCACUCCCCUGGCCGAUUCUUCCUCCCCAUUCCCUCCCCAUUCCCUCCCCAUUCCCUCCCCAUUCCCUCCCCAUUCCCUCCCCAUUCCCUCCCCAUUCCCUCCCCAUUCCCUCCCCAUUCCCUCCCCAUUCCCUCCCCAUUCCCUCCCCAUUCCCUCCCCAUUCCCUCCCCAUUCCCUCCCCAUUCCCUCCCCAUUCCCUCCCCAUUCCCUCCCCAUUCCCUCCCCAUUCCCUCCCCAUUCCCUCCCCAUUCCCUCCCCAUUCCCUCCCCAUACCCUCCUCCCCUUACCCUCCUCCCCAUACCCUCCUCCCCUUACCCUCCUCCCUUUACCCUCCUCCCCUUACCCUCCUCCCCAUACCCUCCUCCCCUUACCCUCCUGCCCUGCAACCGCCCUCUCCUCUUGAAUUUCUCCUCCUCCUCACUCCCCCCUAUUUCCUCCCCUCUAAUCCCCCCUUUCCCUUCCCCCUUCAGUUUCACCGACUCGCACUUUCCGCCUAAGGAGCCCUCUCCUCUUCCCUCUCCUCCGCUCUGUCUUCUCAUUGGACGACCGCCAGCCAAUCCCAGCCCUCCACGUGUCACUUGUCCCCCCCACUCCUCCCCCCACCACCACUCCCCCUACUACUCCCCCCAAUUCUCCUCCCCCCGCCUAUCCGUCCGCUAUUCCUCCCCUUUCACCUCCUCCCCCACUUCCUCCUCCCAGCCCUCCCUAGACCUCCCUCCCCUCCCCAUUCCCCUCCUGCCGCCCAACCCACUGUCACUGUUGAGAUUCUCUGCCGCCCAGAUCAGAUUCCCUCAGCCAGUGCUGGAUACUGUCGGGCGGCUGCAGCUCCUGAAGCCGUCCUUUCUGUUCCCUUCUCACUCCUCCCCUCAAACCUCGGAUACCACUACACCAUCCUCUAACCUUCCCUCACCCUCGCUUCCUCACUCACCCUCCCUCUCCUCCUCUCCCUCCUCCUCCCCUCCUCCCUCUCCCCGCUCCUCUCGCCUCUCUACCUCUCUAGCCCGUCGCCUCCGUCCCCUCCGCAUCCCCCACCCCAACAACCCAGCGGCAAACCUUCCCACCGCUCACAACCACACUCUGCCAACCUCUGCUGAAUCUCCUGCUGCUGCUGCGACACCAGCAGCACUAUCCCCCUACUCCUGGAGGGCCCCUGGCACGCCUUUCUUUGCUAACUCGGUGCUCUUCCCCUCCUCACCAAGCCUGGGCCUUGGGAGACGACACAGACAGCAGCAGCAGCAGCAGCAGCAGCAUGGGGCAGAGAAACCCUCCGGCUUCCAGCCCGAGUCAGGGGUGGACUGGAAGCCUAAUCGGCAGCCCGAGUCAGGGGUGGACUGGAAGCCUAAUCGGCAGCCCGAGUCAGGGGUGGACUGGAAGCCUAAUCGGCAGCCCGAGUCAGGGGUGGACUGGAAGCCUAAUCGGCAGCCCGAGUCAGGGGUGGACUGGAAGCCUAAUCGGCAGCCCGAGUCAGGGGUGGACUGGAAGCCUAAUCGGCAGCCCGAGUCAGGGGUGGACUGGAAGCCUAAUCGGCAGCCCGAGUCAGGGGUGGACUGGAAGCCUAAUCGGCAGCCCGAGUCAGGGGUGGACUGGAAGCCUAAUCGGCAGCCCGAGUCAGGGGUGGACUGGAAGCCUAAUCGGCAGCCCGAGUCAGGGGUGGACUGGAAGCCUAAUCGGCAGCCCGAGUCAGGGGUGGACUGGAAGCCUAAUCGGCAGCCCGAGUCAGGGGUGGACUGGAAGCCUAAUCGGCAGCCCGAGUCAGGGGUGGACUGGAAGCCUAAUCGGCAGCCCGAGUCAGGGGUGGACUGGAAGCCUAAUCGGCAGCCCGAGUCAGGGGUGGACUGGAAGCCUAAUCGGCAGCCCGAGUCAGGGGUGGACUGGAAGCCUAAUCGGCAGCCCGAGUCCGGGGUGGACUGGAAGCCUAAUCGGCAGCCCGAGUCCGGGGUGGACUGGAAGCCUAAUCGGCAGCCCGAGUCAGGGGUGGACUGGAAGCCUAAUCGGCAGCCCGAGUCAGGGGUGGACUGGAAGCCUAAUCGGCAGCCCGAGUCAGGGGUGGACUGGAAGCCUAAUCGGCAGCCCGAGUCCGGGGUGGACUGGAAGCCUAAUCGGCAGCCCGAGUCCGGGGUGGACUGGAAGCCUAAUCGGCAGCCCGAGUCCGGGGUGGACUGGAAGCCUAAUCGGCAGCCCGAGUCAGGGGUGGACUGGAAGCCUAAUCGGCAGCCCGAGUCAGGGGUGGACUGGAAGCCUAAUCGGCAGCCCGAGUCAGGGGUGGACUGGAAGCCUAAUCGGCAGCCCGAGUCAGGGGUGGACUGGAAGCCUAAUCGGCAGCCCGAGUCAGGGGUGGACUGGAAGCCUAAUCGGCAGCCCGAGUCAGGGGUGGACUGGAAGCCUAAUCGGCAGCCCGAGUCAGGGGUGGACUGGAAGCCCAAACCGGCAGCCCGACCCGAGUCAGGGGUGGACUGGAAGCCUAAUCGGCAGCCCGAGUCAGGGGUGGACUGGAAGCCUAAUCGGCAGCCCGAGUCAGGGGUGGACUGGAAGCCUAAUCGGCAGCCCGAGUCAGGGGUGGACUGGAAGCCUAAUCGGCAGCCCGAGUCAGGGGUGGACUGGAAGCCUAAUCGGCAGCCCGAGUCAGGGGUGGACUGGAAGCCUAAUCGGCAGCCCGAGUCAGGGGUGGACUGGAAGCCUAAUCGGCAGCCCGAGUCAGGGGUGGACUGGAAGCCUAAUCGGCAGCCCGAGUCAGGGGUGGACUGGAAGCCUAAUCGGCAGCCCGAGUCAGGGGUGGACUGGAAGCCUAAUCGGCAGCCCGAGUCAGGGGUGGACUGGAAGCCUAAUCGGCAGCCCGAGUCAGGGGUGGACUGGAAGCCUAAUCGGCAGCCCGAGUCAGGGGUGGACUGGAAGCCUAAUCGGCAGCCCGAGUCAGGGGUGGACUGGAAGCCUAAUCGGCAGCCCGAGUCAGGGGUGGACUGGAAGCCUAAUCGGCAGCCCGAGUCAGGGGUGGACUGGAAGCCUAAUCGGCAGCCCGAGUCAGGGGUGGACUGGAAGCCUAAUCGGCAGCCCGAGUCAGGGGUGGACUGGAAGCCUAAUCGGCAGCCCGAGUCAGGGGUGGACUGGAAGCCUAAUCGGCAGCCCGAGUCAGGGGUGGACUGGAAGCCUAAUCGGCAGCCCGAGUCCGGGGUGGACUGGAAGCCUAAUCGGCAGCCCGAGUCAGGGGUGGACUGGAAGCCUAAUCGGCAGCCCGAGUCAGGGGUGGACUGGAAGCCUAAUCGGCAGCCCGAGUCCGGGGUGGACUGGAAGCCUAAUCGGCAGCCCGAGUCAGGGGUGGACUGGAAGCCUAAUCGGCAGCCCGAGUCAGGGGUGGACUGGAAGCCUAAUCGGCAGCCCGAGUCAGGGGUGGACUGGAAGCCUAAUCGGCAGCCCGAGUCAGGGGUGGACUGGAAGCCUAAUCGGCAGCCCGAGUCCGGGGUGGACUGGAAGCCUAAUCGGCAGCCCGAGUCAGGGGUGGACUGGAAGCCUAAUCGGCAGCCCGAGUCCGGGGUGGACUGGAAGCCUAAUCGGCAGCCCGAGUCAGGGGUGGACUGGAAGCCUAAUCGGCAGCCCGAGUCAGGGGUGGACUGGAAGCCUAAUCGGCAGCCCGAGUCCGGGGUGGACUGGAAGCCUAAUCGGCAGCCCGAGUCAGGGGUGGACUGGAAGCCUAAUCGGCAGCCCGAGUCCGGGGUGGACUGGAAGCCUAAUCGGCAGCCCGAGUCCGGGGUGGACUGGAAGCCUAAUCGGCAGCCCGAGUCAGGGGUGGACUGGAAGCCUAAUCGGCAGCCCGAGUCAGGGGUGGACUGGAAGCCUAAUCGGCAGCCCGAGUCAGGGGUGGACUGGAAGCCUAAUCGGCAGCCCGAGUCAGGGGUGGACUGGAAGCCUAAUCGGCAGCCCGAGUCAGGGGUGGACUGGAAGCCUAAUCGGCAGCCCGAGUCAGGGGUGGACUGGAAGCCUAAUCGGCAGCCCGAGUCAGGGGUGGACUGGAAGCCUAAUCGGCAGCCCGAGUCAGGGGUGGACUGGAAGCCUAAUCGGCAGCCCGAGUCAGGGGUGGACUGGAAGCCUAAUCGGCAGCCCGAGUCAGGGGUGGACUGGAAGCCUAAUCGGCAGCCCGAGUCAGGGGUGGACUGGAAGCCUAAUCGGCAGCCCGAGUCAGGGGUGGACUGGAAGCCUAAUCGGCAGCCCGAGUCCGGGGUGGACUGGAAGCCUAAUCGGCAGCCCGAGUCCGGGGUGGACUGGAAGCCUAAUCGGCAGCCCGAGUCCGGGGUGGACUGGAAGCCUAAUCGGCAGCCCGAGUCCGGGGUGGACUGGAAGCCUAAUCGGCAGCCCGAGUCCGGGGUGGACUGGAAGCCUAAUCGGCAGCCCGAGUCCGGGGUGGACUGGAAGCCUAAUCGGCAGCCCGAGUCCGGGGUGGACUGGAAGCCUAAUCGGCAGCCCGAGUCCGGGGUGGACUGGAAGCCUAAUCGGCAGCCCGAGUCCGGGGUGGACUGGAAGCCUAAUCGGCAGCCCGAGUCCGGGGUGGACUGGAAGCCUAAUCGGCAGCCCGAGUCCGGGGUGGACUGGAAGCCUAAUCGGCAGCCCGAGUCCGGGGUGGACUGGAAGCCUAAUCGGCAGCCCGAGUCCGGGGUGGACUGGAAGCCUAAUCGGCAGCCCGAGUCCGGGGUGGACUGGAAGCCUAAUCGGCAGCCCGAGUCCGGGGUGGACUGGAAGCCUAAUCGGCAGCCCGAGUCCGGGGUGGACUGGAAGCCUAAUCGGCAGCCCGAGUCCGGGGUGGACUGGAAGCCUAAUCGGCAGCCCGAGUCCGGGGUGGACUGGAAGCCUAAUCGGCAGCCCGAGUCCGGGGUGGACUGGAAGCCUAAUCGGCAGCCCGAGUCCGGGGUGGACUGGAAGCCUAAUCGGCAGCCCGAGUCCGGGGUGGACUGGAAGCCUAAUCGGCAGCCCGAGUCCGGGGUGGACUGGAAGCCUAAUCGGCAGCCCGAGUCCGGGGUGGACUGGAAGCCUAAUCGGCAGCCCGAGUCCGGGGUGGACUGGAAGCCUAAUCGGCAGCCCGAGUCCGGGGUGGACUGGAAGCCUAAUCGGCAGCCCGAGUCCGGGGUGGACUGGAAGCCUAAUCGGCAGCCCGAGUCAGGGGUGGACUGGAAGCCUAAUCGGCAGCCCGAGUCCGGGGUGGACUGGAAGCCUAAUCGGCAGCCCGAGUCCGGGGUGGACUGGAAGCCUAAUCGGCAGCCCGAGUCCGGGGUGGACUGGAAGCCUAAUCGGCAGCCCGAGUCCGGGGUGGACUGGAAGCCUAAUCGGCAGCCCGAGUCCGGGGUGGACUGGAAGCCUAAUCGGCAGCCCGAGUCCGGGGUGGACUGGAAGCCUAAUCGGCAGCCCGAGUCCGGGGUGGACUGGAAGCCUAAUCGGCAGCCCGAGUCCGGGGUGGACUGGAAGCCUAAUCGGCAGCCCGAGUCCGGGGUGGACUGGAAGCCUAAUCGGCAGCCCGAGUCCGGGGUGGACUGGAAGCCUAAUCGGCAGCCCGAGUCCGGGGUGGACUGGAAGCCUAAUCGGCAGCCCGAGUCCGGGGUGGACUGGAAGCCUAAUCGGCAGCCCGAGUCCGGGGUGGACUGGAAGCCUAAUCGGCAGCCCGAGUCCGGGGUGGACUGGAAGCCUAAUCGGCAGCCCGAGUCCGGGGUGGACUGGAAGCCUAAUCGGCAGCCUGAGUCCGGGGUGGACUGGAAGCCUAAUCGGCAGCCCGAGUCCGGGGUGGACUGGAAGCCUAAUCGGCAGCCCGAGUCCGGGGUGGACUGGAAGCCUAAUCGGCAGCCCGAGUCCGGGGUGGACUGGAAGCCUAAUCGGCAGCCCGAGUCCGGGGUGGACUGGAAGCCUAAUCGGCAGCCCGAGUCCGGGGUGGACUGGAAGCCUAAUCGGCAGCCCGAGUCCGGGGUGGACUGGAAGCCUAAUCGGCAGCCCGAGUCCGGGGUGGACUGGAAGCCUAAUCGGCAGCCCGAGUCCGGGGUGGACUGGAAGCCUAAUCGGCAGCCCGAGUCCGGGGUGGACUGGAAGCCUAAUCGGCAGCCCGAGUCCGGGGUGGACUGGAAGCCUAAUCGGCAGCUCCAGCAGCACCAGCACCAGCAGCGCCAGCAGCACCGCCAGCAGCAGCAGCACCUCCAGCAGCUCCAGCAGCACCAGCACCAGCAGCACCUCCAGCAGCGCCAGCAGCACCGCCAGCAGCUCAAGCACCAGAGUCCGCGACACUAG